CAACCACGUAGAGCUAGACUAGAGCCACCCCGAACAUAACCGUGGUCGAAACCAACGAAUCGCUUGAAAAGGCUUUUUACUUUUACGUUUAUUUUUUAGUUUUAUUUAUAUACAAGCAACUCUCAGCUUCAUACCUGCAAAAGAUAAUAAUUACUGCAAUUAUUGUGAUAUUAAAUUAAAUUACAGCGAUGAAUAAUUAGAGCAAUGGAAGGACUUGAUACAGCAUCAGCCACCGUUAGAAAUCAAGAUGAAUUUUUAAAAGUGUUUAUAAAAGCCUAUCAAAAUGAACGGAUCCUUUGGGAUAAAAACCAUCCCAAAUAUAAGAGCAGGCAAGAUAGGGAGGAAGCCAUGCAUGCAUUACUUCAGAAAUGUAUUGAGUAUUUUCCAGAAGCCGAUUUAGAUUUUGUAAAGACAAAAAUUGAUAAUAUGAGGUGUGUGUUUCGGCGUGAGAGAAAAAAGGUACUGGAAUCAAAGAAAAAUGCAAAAGACGACGAUGAAAUCUAUUCUCCUUGCUUGUGGUAUUACUAUCACCUGUUAUUCCUGGUUGGGGAAGAAGUAGAUGAUGAGGAGAAAGGACUUAGGGAAGGAAAGGGAAGAAUGCACACUUGGUCUAAAAGAGACACGACCAUUUUAAUAGACUUACUUAAAAAAUACCCCGAUGCUUAUUCGUCCGAGUAUUCCGGAAGGGUGCAAAGAAAUAAACGCACAAGAGCUUUUAAAGCGAUAUGGGAGGAACUAAAGCAGCAGGGAAUCAAGCACUUUGACAUGUUGGAAGUUAAAAAUAAAGUUACAACACUGAGGACGCAGUACAGGAGAGAGUGCAGAGAGAGGGAAAAGAACAAGGGAUCAAAACAUGUGUCUAGAUUGUGGUGCUAUGAUUUGUUGUUGUUUUUGAAGGACUCUUGGGGUUCUAAAAAGGAAGAAAAAGACCCAGAUUAUCCAGAUGAUGAAGAUAUAUCAGAUGAUGAUCAAUUUAAUGAAACUAAUGAUGAUACUGGAAAUACUGAGCCACUGAAAAAAAGAACAAAAAUUGUAUAGUAGUUCUGAAAUCCAAAGUUAUACAAAACAUCUGAUUGAGCCUCAAAACAGAGAUUGACUAAUUAGUUGCACAACACAAUCCAACAUAACAAAUCAUUUCCAGUGGUUAAAAUGUGAUAAUGAAGCAACCACCGGAAAAACAGAAAAGGAAGAACCAAUGAGCCCUAAAGACCAACAAGACGAUUACUUUGACACAUUAGGGAGAAAUGUUGCAAUGAAACUUAGAGAUAUGAAUCCCGAACAAAGAAUGUUUGCCGAACAUCUUAUAAACGAUGUAGUUUAUAAUGGAUUUAUGGAAAAUUUAAAUGUUAACUAUAGAUUAACGUGUGUUUAGGUUUUUUUAGGUAGUUUUAGUCCGAAUUUUUACGUUGUUAAAUAAAAGCAUAUUUUUGAAAAUUA